CCGCCCUAUCGGGGUAUUAUUAGAGCCCACGCGUGGUGGAAUGCUUCUCAUUCGACAACUGAACUCCAAACUGGCACAAUCUUGGAGCGUCUUCUCUCCUCCUUGUAAUUCUGCAAAGUUUCUCGUCUCGUUAUGCCUGCCAAUGCCAUGGAAAGUGCCGUGAUUCCCACCCAGAGCCGGGCUGUGCGAACUAGCAGACCCGCAAGCCAUCUCAUUAAGGAUAUCCUCGGACCUUCGCUAGCUCCAGCGCGAGCGCCUUGUACCGUCAGGGGUGCUAGUUCUCCGGCCGAAUCCACUGUGCGAGGGCCGCUGAGGAACCGCCGCCGCCGACGUCCCCGAACCAUCUACACCGCGGAGCAGAGAAAACAGCUAGAGGAGGUCUUCGCUGUGAACCAGUAUCCAGACAUUGGCAAUCGAGAGAUCUUGGCUGACGCCAUUGGAAUGACUGAGGCUAGAGUUCAGGUUUGGUUCCAGAACCGCCGUGCCAGACACCGUCGCCACGGUCGUCACGCCGGAGGUAUGACCCCCGAGCCGUCGUUGUCACCAGCCCCAGCGGCACCCUCUACCCCAUUCCUGUCGCCUCAGACGAAGACCGAAUCGGCAGUAAAGACGGAGCCAGACGGAGCCGACACACCUGACGACCAGCCUGCGUCAUCCACACCGGACAGCGCAUCAUCCGCCCCCGCUGGGACUCCCUCUUCCCCCCACUGCUCCCCUUCGAGGUCGUGCCCAGCCCCCUACCCCCCGUUCUUCCAAGCUCCGCAGGUUCCAUCGCCAUACGCCGGGUUCUACGCACCGCAGCACUUCGGGAUCUGUGCCGGGUCGCGGAGUCCUCCUCCUGGCUACGCGGUGGCGACUCUUCCUGGUCGCUACACUUGCGCCUACUCGUCUGGGUUUCAGGGGGCGUUCAUUGGUGCUGUGGCCACCCCUGCGAUGUUUGAUGCUUCUGUUGUACCCCAGUCUACUCCGAUUCAGCUCGGAGCAGACUCUACGGGUCUUUGGGGAUACGAAACCGCCGGACUCCUAGCAAUAGCUCGUUACUGACUCUGCAGAACAUUUUAUAUUUGCGAUAAUGUAUUCUAUUGUCUGUCCAGCGUUCUUCCUGGGUUUAUAGUUAUUUUGCAUUCUUAUAUCAAGUGUUUCCUAUUAAUUAUUCAUUUGUUUCACUUGAUUUUUCGCUGGUGUUGGACUGGAAUGUUGACCUUUGCUGUAUAUUUAAAGAUUCACUCUGCCUUUUGCACACAAAACUGAUGUUUAAUGUGGCUUUAUUAUAGAUCGUACAGGAAUUGAAGUUCUAUUCAGAUGGUGUCUUUGUAAUUUUCUUGCUCAUUUUUUGGAGAAUAAGUAUACAUAGGGCCUAUAAGUGAAUUAAAAGGAGAGAUGAUUCAUUCAGAAAAAGCAUGUUGUCUUUAUU